GCUCCCCUGAGAACUUUUAAUUAACUAAUCUCUCCCAAUCCGAGGUAAAUUUCUAGUAAAGCAACAAAACCAGAUGCUCGCAAAGUCACAGUGUGAUCCCAAAUUCAAAGCCACUUUUCGUCAACAAGCACCAAGCAACGAUCUCUGUCAUUCAUUCAUGCACAGUAGAAGAAGCAGCGGUUGUGGCCAGUGAAGUAAACGCCAAAAGUCUACAACGCAAUUAAACCGUCGCCAUUCCACUUUCAACCUCGCAUUACCCUUCAUCAAUCAGAUCUCACUCGCAGUGCAUACUCAACCGAUUCGCUAUGGAACGUGUCUGUCACCGCUCGAUCUCGGGGACUUGAGUUGAGAUGCAGCCGAAUUUGUUCCCCUUUGGAAGCGUGCUGGGGAAUCCGUUCAUUUUCAAUGGCGAUUUGAGUGAGGGAGGGAUCGAGAGCUCUAGGGUUUUCUACUUGCUCCCCUUCUUUUUGCUCUCCCAGGGAGGAGCAAUGGAUUUGUCUAAGGUCGGCGAAAAAAUAUUGAGCUCCGUUAGGUCCGCCAGAUCUCUCGGAUUGCUCCCUUCCGUUUCUGAUCGUCCCGAGGUUCCAGCUCGAGCUGCUGCUGCUGCUGCUGUAGCUCGUGCUCUUGCAGGAUUACCUCCUCACCAGAGGUAUAGUCUUUCAUCAAGUUCAGAAGAACUGAGUUCAAUAUAUGGAAGCAGACCUCACAGCCAAGUAGUGGAGGAGCUGGAGGAUGAAUUCUAUGAGGAGGACUUUGAUCCUAUUAGGCAUGUUUUAGAGCAUGUUCCUGCUGAAGAAAAUGAACUAACAUAUUUUGAAAAACAGGCUGCCCUUAGAUUGGUCCAACUGGAUAGAGUAGCAGAGCGUUUAUCUCGCCACGUUAUGGAGCAUCAUGAAGUAAUGGUGAAGGGGAUGAAUUUGGUCAGCGAAUUGGAAAAAGACUUAAGAAUCGCAAAUGUCAUCUGUAUGAAUGGAAGACGACACUUGACAUCAUCUAUGAAUGAGGUUUCAAGGGAUCUGAUUGUGAAUUCUUAUUCAAAAAAGAAACAAGCUCUGCUGGAUAUGCUUCCAACCUUGACUGAACUUCGACGUGCAUCAGACAUGCAAUCAACACUUGAAUCUCUUGCAGAGGAAGGGAAUUACUGGAAGGCAUUUCAAGUCCUAUCUGAGUAUUUGCAACUCUUAGAUAGUUUGUCAGAUCUUUCAGCAAUACAAGAAAUGAGUUGUGGUGUGGAGGUUUGGCUUGGAAGAACUUUACAGAAGUUGGAUGCUCUUUUAUUGGGAGUAUGUCAAGAAUUCAAGGAAGAUGGCUAUAUAACAGUAAUUGAUGCGUAUGCAUUAAUAGGGGAUACUGCUGGUCUUGCUGAGAAGAUACAGAGUUUCUUCAUGCAAGAAGUGAUCUCAGAAACGCACUCUGUGUUAAAGGCUAUUGUGCAUGAGGAUAAGGAGGGACUUUCGCAAAAUAGUAGGCUCACUUACAGCGAUCUAUGCCUUCAAAUACCUGAAUCUAAGUUCAGGCAGUGCUUAUUAAGAACAUUGGCUGUUCUAUUUGACCUCAUGUGUUCCUACCAUGAAAUUAUGGAUUUUCAAUUAGAGGGAAAGGACUCAGCAACACAACCUUCUAAUAAGUGCAGUGAAGACAUUUCCUGUAGUCCAGGUGAGGCUCGGGAAGUUGAUUCAGAUGUAAGAGCCUGCAACAGUUCUAUGUCCAGUUAUGGAGAUAUAAUACAUGGCUCAUCUUCUAGGGAGGAAUCUGCAACAAUCAGCUCACUAACUGAAACUACUGGUUCACCAUACAGUGUUUCUCACGAUCCAACAAAGGAGGCUAGUGAGGACAACGUGGCAUCAAGCAUUGAAUCCCCAUGGUACCAUCUUCGCAAAGAAGCUAUAACAUUUGUUUCACAGACCCUUCAAAGAGGACGCAGAAAUCUGUGGCAUCUCACUGCAAGUCGUGUGUCAGUAUUGCUUUCUUCUGCUGCAUCAUGUUCUGCCAGCAUUCAUCAAUUCUUGAAAAACUAUGAAGAUCUCAGUGUCUUCAUUUUGACUGGGGAAGCCUUUUGUGGAAUUGAAGCAGUUGAAUUUAGGCAGAAGUUAAAGGUUGUCUGUGAAAACUAUUUCAUAGCUUUUCAUCGACAAAAUGUGCAUGCACUAAAAAUGGUUUUGGAGAAAGAGACUUGGCUAAAAUUACCUCCAGAUUCAGUACAAAUUAUCAGUUUUGCUGGACUUAUUGGUGAUGGAGCACCAUUGAUUUCUUUAUCCAGUGGUAAAUCAACUAAUGUUAGUGCAAUCCAUUCCGAUAAAUCAGUAAACAUGGUGCACACCACUGCAAGGAAGAAUGGGUUUUCUCAUUGGAUUAAAAGUGGAAACCCUUUUUUGCAAAAAUUAUCAACCCCCAGAGAAGGUCAUGGAUACUCCCAACCUAACGGAUCAGUUUGUGGUGAAUUUGAUGGGAAUUCAAACAAUAAUUUUCAUGAUGAUAAAGUUUCACCUAGAAAGAAUGAUUCCAAUCAAAUCAAUGGUGCCAAUUCUGUUUCAGAAGAUGAAAAUGAGGAUCUUCUUGCUGACUUUAUUGAUGAAGACAGUCAACUGCCUAGUCGAAUUUAUAAACCCAAUCAUUCAAGAAAUCCCUCCUCACAUGGUAAUGAUGAAGAGAAUACAGCACAAACUGGAUCUUCUUUAUGUCUUUUAAAGUCUAUGGAUAAAUAUGCAAGGCUUAUGCAGAAAUUAGAAGUGGUUAAUGUUGAGUUCUUUAAGGGAAUAUGCCAAUUGUUUGAAGUUUUUUUCUAUUUUAUAUAUGAAACAUUUGGUCAGCAAAACACUGGUUCAAGUGGAAAAAGCUCGACUAACUCUCUUAAUUAUCACUUGAGAACAGCUUUAUCCAGAAUAAACCAGGAUUGUGAAGAGUGGAUUAAGUUCCAAUCAUCUUCACCAACAUCACUGAGUUCAUCAUUCAUGCAUACUGAAUUGAUACCGACAAAUCCUCCCCAUGCAAAUUUUGGUCACUCCUCAGGGACUUCUUUAGGUCUCAAGGAAAGAUGUGUGGCUGUUGACACUAUAUCUCUUGUUGCUCGAAUACUGAAUAGAUCCAAAGCUCAUCUCCAAUCAAUGCUCUUGCAAAGUAAUUCAACUAUACUUGAGGAUUUCUAUCUUCAUCUGGUGGAUGCUGUACCGGAUCUCACAGAGCAUGUUCAUAGGACAACAGUGAGGCUACUGUUGCACAUUAAUGGGUAUGUUGAACGUGUUGCCAAUUGUAAAUGGGAAUUAAAAGAGCUUGGCAUGGAGCAUAAUGGAUACGUUGAUUUGUUGCUGGGGGAGUUUAAGCACUAUAAAACACGACUUGCUCAUGGUGGAAUUCGUAAAGAGGUUCAGGACCUAUUAUUGGAUUAUGGGCUUGAAAUUGUGGCAGAAACUCUUGUUGAAGGACUUUCACGGGUGAAGAGAUGUAGUGAUGAAGGACGAGCUCUUAUGUCAUUGGAUCUGCAGGUUUUGAUCAAUGGGCUACAGCAUUUUGUGUCGCUGAAUGUGAAGCCCAAACUACAAAUGGUUGAAACUUUCAUCAAGGCUUACUACCUUCCCGAGACAGAAUAUGUGCACUGGGCACGCGCACACCCGGAAUACAGUAAAAGCCAGAUUGUUGGACUGAUCAACCUUGUUGCCUCUAUGAAAGGUUGGAAGAGGAAAACUAGGUUGGAAAUACUGGAAAAGAUUGAAUGAUAUCGGGCAAAUACGUCUUGGUUGUGUACGAAGUCGGGCAUACAGAAUUUUCUGCUCCUUUUCCCCUUUGUCUUUCAUUUUUGGCAGAGCUUCGUGUAAAGGUAGUCUAUAUUGCUUGGCAUUUGAUCCCCUAUUAAUUAUGGGUUGUUCCCAAAUAUGUCUUUGGUGUCGUCUUGUAGAUAGUCCUUUGAAAAUAAGCUGUAAUUGUACAAUAACUUUACUUUCAAAUACAAAAAUUUUCACGCAAUUCAGGUAACAACUAUCGCGCCCGAUUUGUCUUGUAAGGGAAUGGAUCUCCUCGCUUGUCUUGUAAAAAUUUUGUAUUUCUUUUUGUUCAUAAAUUGCAAUAGUAUCUCACUUGUAUAGACACGAUUAACUUGAGAGAGAAUAUGGAAACUGGCCAGGGAGAGGGGAAGCUAUGG